GAAAAAUCUCAUUUGCAGCGAAAAGGCAAAAGAACAACAAGACGAUUACGUGAAUUUUUGCGAACGUUGCCCGAACCCCCGAACCGGAAGGCACAGAUGGCUGCAUCGGCACAGGCUAGCCGCGGCCUCACGGCGCUGUUCAAGCGAGGAUGGAACGAAAUCCCGGAAGUGGUCGGUUCGUCCGUGAUUGCCUUGAUCGGUAUUGGUCUGAGCGUUGUUGGACUGACCAACUACUACCGGAAGAACGGAGACAACCGCAGAUAUAAGCUGACGUAUGUUGUAAUGCGCCCAGAUGAUCCACGGGCGGCUAGCAUUCGCAAGGAUUAGAAAUGGUAUCGGUUCGGAACUAAUAAAUCGCGUUACCCGAUUGUGUAAAACUUGAAACGAC